GAUACCGUUAGCCACUAAGACUUGAGUGGGUCAGACAAGACACCACACUUCAGUGUUAAGAGUGGUACUGACCAGUAAACAAGUGAAGUGAAACCCGACAGCUCGGUUGGACGGACAUCACGUCGAUGCGAUUUGCGAUAUAAACGGUGGUGCAUAACACGGUGGUUUUUUGUUUUUUGUGAUAUAUUUGCAUUGAUUUUUUGUGACUAUGAAGUGCGUCAAGAUAUUGCUGUUCAUUUCGAUUUUUGGCGGGACUUGGCGGUUAGGCCGACCGACCUGUGUUUUGGAAUCAGAUUUCGGAUUUGUCAUCAACUGUGCUUUUAAGAAAUCUGGCCUGUUUCGAGUUAGAAAUCUUGGUGGUGUGAAGGCUCACAUAGGCCUUGGGUUUAGUCUUGGGGAUGAGCUCGGAUUCAAAGAGUCGCUAACCAACACGGAACAGGACAGGAGGCGAUCUGCAUCCAUAUCGAAAGCUCAAGCGCAGCUGAUCCAAGCUCAGCACAAGGCCAAAGACUCUAUAAAAGCAAAAUCGCGGAAGACUGACCACGCUCCGCUAGACGAUGCCACAAUGCAAGCAGUUCAAGCAGCCAUCAAGCGAUCAACAUCAACAAUACCCCCUUUCAAACCUCUACCCUCUGAUGACACGUCCGACCCUGCUAAACCUCCUGUAGUUACGGGUAACAACCCCGAUAGUAAGGUGAUGGUCGUAGUACCCAACAAAAGCAAAGCAAGCACGAAUUUGUCCGAUAGACUCUUACCCGGUGAUCCCAACCCUAGUAACACCCUACAAGCUAUCCUGGCUGCCCAGAAUGUUUCGGAAGAAGCGUUGGAGAUGGCUUUGAUCCAGAGACAGCAGAUGAUGGCUAGAAGAACAAGUACCACCACCACAACAACGAUUAGGCCUACACUUAGGCAGUCAAGCAGUGUAGGGAAGGUCAUGAACGCGCCUAAGGAGUACUACCCGGUGGGAUAUGACAAGAAUUUCGAUGAUAACUUCGCUUCCAGGGUUGAACUGCCUGAAACUUCAUUCUACUGUGGGGAUCAGAAGCACUUUCCUGGUCUAUAUGCCGAUGAAGACUUGGGCUGCAUGGUAUUUCAUGUCUGCGCGCUGACGGACGACGGCAUGAUCAUGAAGAGUUUCUUGUGUCCAGAAUCGACCUUAUUUGACCAGACUAUCCUCAAAUGUAAUUGGUGGUUCUACGUAGACUGUAAGAACUCGAAAAAGCUUUACGAUUCGAACAUACCCAUUUCGAAAAGUUAUCAGCUAAUGAAGGCGCUGACCUUCUUUUCAAACUAUAAAAAAGAUGCUUCAUCGGCGUCUUCUACGCCAAAAACUAAUGGAAAAGACUGAUUAUGAUUUAGGAAAUUUUCCUAUAUAAUUUAUCAAGCAUAGUCCAGUUCGGUUACGCCUCUGAAAUUGAAAAACACGAUGUAGUUAAUACUAGCGGUACGAUCUUUGACUUUAGGUCUACUAAACUGCAGAGCCCGUAACAUACAAUGAUUUUCAAAUUAUUUUGAGACUAACAGUACUAAAUAAAUCAAUCCUAGCAUAUUUUGGAUAAAAUUUUUACAUUACAUUUAAAUGAUUACAAUUGCAUUUAUUUUAUUUCCAAACAUGUUUCGUGGCGUUUCUGAUAAUUGAAUAUCUGCAUCAGUGUUUUUCUACGUCAUAGUGUGAUUUAACAGGACUAUAAGGUCGUUUUUCUAUUUGGCCAAGAAAUAAAUUUUCAUACAUAAAUUUUUACUUUUUCAAUAAAUGUCAUCCUUUCUAUACAUGUUCUAAGAGACGUUUUGUGGUAGUGAAACUUAUUUUGGGCUUGAACUGAAACUUUUUAUAAAGCAGAAGUGUUUCAGGUUGCACAUAUCAGAAUCAAUAUUGCGUUUUUAACUAUACUUCCAAUAUUUAUAAGAGUUUCAGGUAGCCUAUCUUAAACCGGCACGUUAGAAAACGUUAUAGACAGAACAAGUUUUACUAAAAUCCAUAGAUGGCUGUUCAAGUGUUACGUAAGCAGAUUUUUCACAAUUAUUAACUCCAUCCUCCCCAUUAUCAGCAAAAGUAAGGCAAAUGUCUUCCCCCCUCCCCGCCUUCCAUGCUUUUUGGUAAAUUUCACAAUUUGAAGCAAUUGUUAACUUUCACGCACAUGUUCUGGAAAAUGACCCCAUACUUCUGCUAAUACAUUUUCGGCAAAGUCGAAAUUGGAUCUUUCUAACUGUUUAUUAAUUGAGACCCAAAAUGAUCAUGAGGCAAUAUCAAACCAGCCAGUCCCCGACUAAGGAACCAUUCUGCGCUCUAUUCGGUUAUACUUCAUUCUACCUGGAGCAUUUGUAGCUAGGGUUCUUAGCGAGUUGGGGACUCCCUGAAGAGGCUUUUGCGACUAGACAAGCCGGGUUGCCAUGUGUCACAACUAAAUUUUGUAGAAAAAAAAACAAAUAUUGCUGACGUAGUCACCAUCCAGAAACCCCCAUCCCUCAUGUCAUCAAAGAUAAACAAAGCGAGGACCCCCCGCCCCCUUCAGUGCUUACAUAUUACUUGGACUGUCCUUGAGUUUUUCUACGUGAUCAGAUAUAAUUGUCCUGGACUAUAAUUUGUCCCACAUACAUAACUAUUAAUUAGUCUCAUAUCAUUUCUUGGCUGAAAUGAAAAUGCAACAGGUUUUUCCGAACUUCGGUAAUAAAAACUCACGAUUUUUAUAAUUGAUGUUUGUGUGGCGAGUGUGCUUAGUGAAGGAAUUUUUUAUGGUAGCUAGUAUAAUCGACGGCUACAAACCGGGGUAUUAGAAAGUAAACCGCAUCAUUUUCCAUAUACCGGAAAACAAUAUGGAAUGGACAAUUUAUGUAACCAUCUGUUAAUCUUGGUUUGACUUAAUACAACCGCGACACAGUUAAGGAUGGACACUGAAACUAACCAUUAAAAGAUCAACCUUGUUUAUAUUAAUGAGCAAGUAUGGUUAGGCACUGGGUAGUCGAUAAGUGAAUUCUCCAACUCCAAACUCGGGCUCAUCACUUCUAAAGCUUUUUCAAACUUCAAUCUAAAACUGCUUUUCAGUGUCCACUUUAACUGUCUACUAGUGUACAAUGAUAUUGUGCACAGAUUCUUGUUUUGCUCAUUUUUAUAGGAUUCCUGUACAUUUUAAAUAUUUAUAUAAAUAGUAAUGAAGCAAGUAACCUUGCAUAUGAAUGAUUUGAAAGUUAGGUUGUUGCCGAUUUUAAAUAUGUACUGGAACUGAGGUAAGGUUUUCUAAUCAAACAUGAAUCUUCUCAUUCAACAUAAGAAUCUGAAAUUGUUAUAUCUGAAAUGUGAACUGUAGGGAAUGACGUGAUAUAAAUGUUGUGGGUGAAGGGGUUAUAUCAGAAAAAUGUAACUUUAAUAAAGACAUGAUAAUAUAAGAAUUUUAAGGAGCCCCUGCAAUAUUUUAUAACUAUGGCAACUAUAGCUGAGAAAAAAGUCAGUUACCGGCUGUCCAUCUGGGAACGUUAAUAUAAAAUAAAAAGCACAGACCAGAACUAACACUAUCGUAAAGGAAGAAUAUGGGUACACGUGUUCUUAUCGAAUUAAGAUAUUAAAAAAAGAUAGUUAUGCACUUAUAAGGAAAGCCAGUAAUACCGAUUCUAUGUACACAGUUGUUUCCCCGCAUAAAUAUGAAAUAAAAAAGCACAAUCCUUUACGCGGCAGGCUUCAGCCUUGAAAGUUCAUUUUUUCCAACUGGUCGUUUGCAGUCGAUGAAAAAACGGUGCGCGUUAUAACGAGAUUAUAAUUAAAAACGUAAAUUGGCUGUUAUCCUGCUGAAAAUUUAUUUACGGGGAACUGAAACGAAUGUACUUAUAAAAUUGCGAAAAACCACACCUUACAUAAUCCUAGAUCAUCCUAAUAAUGGAGUCAUCGAACAUUCGUUGACCACGGUCACUUUUGUAGUCCAGGUACACAAAGCAAAAGCCUCGUAUUUGUAAAAAAAAAUUGCAAUUCGGUUUUUCUUUCAUAAUCACGUGCGUUGGAUACCACAACCCUUUUCUUGAAGUCUAGAAGUGCCUAUUUGAAACUCAGAUCGUCCCCUAAGAGCAUUUUGGGGUGAGUUUAUUUCAAAUCAUUGAUAUUUGUAUCGAAAUAGCGCCACAUAUCACCAGAAUCGACCACUGCGGAGACCGCUGCUAUUUGUUGGAACUGGCUAGGUAGUAGAUGUGCUCUACUUGCCAUUGAAUAAGCUGAGCAUGAUGCUUUCGUUUGUCCCACCAGAUAGAAUCGUCAGCCAUCUGGCGGUCACAUGGUGACUGGGCUUUUAAACGUGAACAAAUAGCAACUAUUCGCUCUCCGCAGCGAUCGAUUCUGGUGAUAGAUGGCACUUGGGUUAUUUCGAUAGACCAUACCUUCUGGAAAGAGGAUAGUUGCGAUGCCUUCAUUGGUUGUCCCAGAGAAGAUAGACCAGACCUAUAGUCGAAUACCACAAUUGAUGAAAGUAGCAGAAGUCAUCGUGCGCCACUGCUUUGACAUUUCACAAAGAGGCGCUGCCUUUUCAAAGGCCUCCACGUAAUAGCAGUGUGGUACGAUGAGUUUCGCUACUGUCAUCAAUUUUGGUAUUUUACUAUAGACCAUCCUAAGAAGCACGAAAUAGCUGUCCGUGGUUGACUGCCUUUUUUGUCUGACGAACGAGAUCAUGUUUAGUUUAUAGCUAUUUAAAUUGUAUCAACUCCUGUUGAAGAAUUCAUGAAAUUAUUAUGACCGCUUACUAUGAAUGACUUAAUAAUUAGGACUUAAAUGUAUGAACGCCUAAUGUAAAACGGAUAUUAUGUAAUCUGGACCAUUACAACACAUUUUUAAUGCAUCGAAAGGUGUAUUUACGCUCAAGUGUUGAUGGUCCAACUUAUAAUAUACAGUGAUUUUCAAAAAGCUGCCAUCUUUUUUGAACGUAAAAUUGACAGUUGGGCGCCAUCUUCAAACAUGCUCUCAUAGAAUGGAGUUUGUGUUUUGAAUCUCCGUAUCUGUAAUUUAUAACCCUAAAAUAUAAACUCAGUAGCUAUCAAAAUGGCGGGCAAGGUCAAAACCCCACAUUCCAUAUUAAAAAAAUAUUCCCAGCUGCCAUCUUGAAAUUUUCGCCUGCUAUUUUUACGCUAAAAUAUAAUAUUUAUGCAUGAAUUCCAUCACCAAGAAUUUCGGCUUGCUAGCCUUGACCGUUCAAAAGUCGGGGAGACCUUUUCGAAAAGCACUGUAUGAUUCUGAACACUGCGGUGAUUUUGGGUAAUUUUUCAGUGUAUAAGUUUUUUGUAAAUUGUGUUGACUCAAAGCUACAUGAUAUGAUGGUGCUUAUGUAUAAUAUAAUUUAGAAUGUCCAAAAUGCCAGAUAAUUUAUUAAUACGUAUAUUUAGUGUGUACCAAAUACGUGUAGAUAGGUUUUGUUAUGUUUUUAGGGUAGGUAAUUUUCUUACUGUUGAUACAUG